CGCUCCGCUUCCACCACAUCUUUUACUUCGGCAAACUGCAGCUAACAAACAUUUACCAUACUCUCACAGCCUAGGCUCGACUCUAGCACAAUGUCGUCGCUCAUCCCCGUUCCCAAGAAGGACAUCAGCGCCAUAUAUCAUGGCCUGGGUCGAUAUCUGGAGGUCAUCGCCCAAGGCUCUCUGACUAGAGAGAUCACGCUCCCCUUCAUCAAACAGGAGCCCUAUGUCGGCGGUCUGUUUUUCUCCAUCCGGGGAUAUUCCGUGUUUGGCCCCCCCGGCUAGUGGCCCUACCGCAUCACUCUCAAGCUGCCCAUCUUCCUCCCCGAAUUCUGGUUCAACAGCAAGACGAUCCUAGUCGAGACCUCUCUGGGUCGCUUCAAGAUCCCCGUCGUGUACGUCGACACGCCCGGCCCCGGCGACGACGGCGAGG